UUUACUCUGCAUGCCAACAUGAAGCGCCACAUGCUGAUCCAUGCCAGUGUCCGCCCAUUCCAGUGCCACAUCUGCUUUAAGACGUUUGUACAGAAGCAAACAUUGAAGACCCAUAUGAUAGUGCACUCCCCUGUCAAGCCAUUCAAAUGCAAGGUUUGCGGGAAAUCUUUCAACCGAAUGUACAACCUGCUGGGUCACAUGCACUUACAUGCUGGAUACAAGCCCUUUAAAUGUCCCUAUUGUUCCAGUAAGUUCAAUCUGAAAGGCAACCUCAGUCGCCACAUGAAAGUGAAACAUGGAGUAAUGGAUAUCACUUUAGAAAAUCAAGAUCAUAUAAUGGAACUCCCAGAUACUGAGGGUAAUGACAUGGACGGCCAGCAAGAGAUGGAAGAUUAUGAAGACAAUUCUUAUGAAUACAGUGAAGCGGACAAUGUGACUGAAGAGAACAGUUCACCGACGGAUCAGUCUCUAAAAGAAAUGGUCUAUUACAAUGUCUUGUAG